GUAAAUAAACAAGUUUCAGAGAAUUUGUAGAAAGUUCUCCGCUUUUCCGAUCAAAAUUCUCCGGUUCGAAGAUAUCAAUACCAGUACGAACCUGUGUAAUUAAAACUUUUAUAUAGGCUACACAGAAUCAACACACACAAAUGUUCGGGAUUCUUGUGGCUGGUCGUUUGGUGCAAACUGAGUUCAUCCAAACCAGUGAAACUCAAUUUCUGUUCAACAUCCCUGAUGCAGAUAGUAUCAACCACAUCGUAGUGUUCAUGACAGGCCAGGUACCAUUCCCUGACACUAUGGGAGGAGCCGUUUACUUUAGUUGGCCCUCGGCCGAUGGCACUCCAGGCUGGCAGCUCAUUGGUCACAUCACAAAUAGCAAGCCUAGUGCAAUAUUCAAGAUAUCCAACCUGAAGAAAGAUGCUGAAGUUGGUGCCCAUCCCUUCGAGAGUCAUGCUGCCCUGUCACACGGUGCACAGAUCGGUGUCUCGGUCGAAACACUUGGAGAGAUAGCCCAGCAAACACCAGUUACAGAAUCAACAACGAAAAUGGUGACUUCCUUUGUAGAAUUUACGACGAAAAUGUUGGAGAAUUGCUACAAUUAUGUAUCUUCCUUUGGUGUUACACAAGCACAGAUGACGCAACAGCCAAAUGAGACCUUUGUUCCACUAAGUGCAUUACAUAAAUGGUAUGAAAGUUUUCAAAGGAAAAUGGAAAUGAACCCCAAUUUCUGGAGAAGCUGAUUUGGAGUGUCAGAUUUUAUAUCACAUUCUGUUUUAUCAUUGUUUUACUCAAGAGAGAUCUUACUAGCACUGCCUUUUGGUGGGGCCCGCUUACUGUGGGUGAAAGCAGUGAGGGACUUUAUUACCAAAAGGUAGCAGCUAUAAAUUGUGCUUUUACACAAUAAAGGACCUGAUGUGUAUGAAGUUUAAAUGGUCAGACUUAUACUGUAUUGGCCUCCUAACUUUUGCUGCCAUCUUUUUGUUAUAACAUCCCUCAUUUAUCUAAGGAAAGUGCCUUAUCAUUAGAUUCGUCCACUUUCCCAAAUUGCAUUGAGCCUAACUUGAUUUGGAAGGAGCAAAAUAAUGAUUCCAGCUUUUAAUCGGUUUUAUAUUGUAAUGCUGUGUGUGAAUCUAUGUCUCUAUGAUGGGGAAAUGAAUUGUGAUGGCAUCUGUCAACUUUGUGAGAGUAAUCAUGCUCGGCACAUUGCAAUGCUAUUACCCGUUGUUGUGAUUGGCAAUGGGUGUGUAACUUUUACCGUAUGUAAGCUUUCUGCAUGAAUGUUUUAGUUCUGAAUCCAACAGCUACAUGCAUUUUAAAAAUAGAACACGGAAUUAUAUUUAUUGACUUUUUGGUCGUGUUGGAGAUAACAACCAUUCCAGUUGCAUUUUUCAGCUGAUUUGAUGUCUUCCCUGAAGUCUUUGACGAUUAUUGGGUCUGAAACCAGUGGCGAAUUUAGAAGGGGGGGGGGCAUGUGGAUCCACCACUGUGAAACUGUUGGCUGACUAUUAGAUUGAAAUUCAUCUCCUAUUUGCUUGGUGCUAUAUAUAAAGCAACUGAGGCACCCAGCUGGUGUGGUUUUGUAAUACAUUUUGUGUAUGAAUAUAUUAAGUACAUGUUGCUUGUAACUGUGAGGUUUAUAUUUUGAAAAAGGCACUGUCACAUUGGGUGAUCUUGAGCAGAGGGGGGGGCAAAUUUGCCUCUUUGGACACUCUCCGCCAGAUGUUUGUCGACCUUGAAACUCCAUGUAUGAUUCAAGGGUUGAUAUUCUCACUAUUCUGAGGUGCUCUUUGGAGAUGAAGAGAUCAAUUGACCAUUGAUGGUCAAGGCACGUUUUCUGGCUGCUGGUCAAAGAUGGCCCAUUGUACAAAGUCACCCCACAGUUGUUCAAGGAGAGAAAAUGUGGGAUGAAUGAAGAGGUUCAGUGCUACACUACCUGCCUGAUAACAAUAAAUCAUUACUACAACAAUUAGU